GGGCAUGCAUCUGCAUCGGGCGUGCCUAGGGCCAUCCCUUAUUUUUUAUUGGGUCGAAAAUAAUUCAAAAAGAAAUUAAAAUGGGUGGGACGGGCCGUAAGUAAGGGACAAUCGGGCUCGUCCCGAAGGAGACGUGGCAUCACGGUAUUGGGUGAUGAAAACGAAGAAGGGACGGUCGUUUCGGCUCAUUCGCAUUUUGGGAAAUUGAAAUCAAAAUUCGAAAAAGGAGAGCUCGAUGGCGACGAAGUGAAGCAUCGAUUCGAAGGUCGAUCCUUUCCAAACGAAAGCGAGUACCUGAUCUCCUCACUCCACCUGCGUCUUCUCUCUUCCACCGGAGUCUCCGUCGGAGUGUCUUUGCAAAUCGAAAGGUCGCAGCUUCCAAUCGAGAGGUCGCAGCUUCGAAAUCUCAAUCCACUGCCGUUCGAUUCCGGUCCUGUACGCAAGCUUCUUUCCUCUCCAAAUCCUCGGCGAAUCGUCCCAAUCUUGGCAAGGUACGGUCUUCAACUCCUAGAUGAAAUGGAUAGAUUCUAGGGUUUGCAAUAGAAUAAAGUUUAUUGAUUUACAUGGUUCGAUUGUAUGAUUUGUAUCCUUGUAGGUUGAGAUUGUUUUCUUUAGAUUAUAUGCGUGAUUCUGGAAUCUCCGUCGGCGUGAUUGUUUUCUUUAGAUUAUAUGCGUGAUUCGUAGCUAAAAAAUAGCCUCCGUUUAAAACUUUUGUGGUUCGAGAUGAGAUCCUGUAACAAAAUAGGUUGAGUGAUUGCUAUAUUUACAGUUUGAUAUUAACUAAAUAGUUUGUGUCUCUUGUGGUUGUCGGAAAAGAUCCUGCUCGUUUUGUUUUGUGAUGUAGUUUAGUUAUGUUUUUGCUAUCGUCUGAAUCUUGCUUUGUAACAAGAUUUAAACUUUUGUGGUUUUUGUGAUGUAUUUUGUAAUCUUGCUUUGUGAGAUGCAUUAAGAAUAAAACUUUUGUGGUUUUUGUGACACCUUGCCAUAGUUAUGUUUCUGCUAUCAUCUAUCUGCUUUGCCUGAGUUUGUAAUUCUUUGCCUGAGUUAGCUUCUUUGCUAUUGUUAAAGACACUUGCGUGUAUUUGAAAAACAGAAGGUGUUCGAAAUAGACUAGGAUUGUUAAUGUAUUUUGUAUUCUUUGCCUUAGUCUAGUUUGUUUGAAACCAAAUCUCUUUAUAUUAAUGAUGUAGUUAGGAAUGUUAGGUAGCUUUUGUUGUGUAAUAAGUUUGGAUUAGACAUUUCUUGUUCUUAGUUAGCCAUUUAUUAGCGUUUGUACUUGGUAGUCUUAACUUCCUCCUAUAAAAUCUAUUUGCUCUUCUCACUUUUUUCAUCUCACUCGUUUUUCUCUAAUAUAUCUCUUCUCUUUUCUAAUAUAUCUCUUCUCUUUCUCGAAUAUAUCUCCUCUCUUUUCUUACUGCUAUGCAUCCAAAUAAUAUUCAUAGUCAGAGCUCUAGUUUAUUAGGACUGCUUCACAGUCAACAAGGGAGCGUUUACCAUGGUCGUAUUAACUUUGGUGAUUCUCAACCUAUCCCGGCAUUCAGUUCACAACCAUCUCAAGUACCACCAGUCGCCCGUGGUGUUAGACGCAAAUGGGACCCGGCUGAUGACGAGGUGUUGAUCAGUGCGUGGCUCAACACCUCUAAAGAUUCCAUUGUAGCAAAUGAGCAGAAGUCGGGGACCUUCUGGGAUAGGGUUGCUCAUUUUUAUUCCUCAAGUCCUCAUGGAUUAGAGGAAGGUGAGAGAGAACCCGGGCAAUGCAAGAAAAGGUGGCAUAGACUAAACGAUGAAGUUAACAAGUUUUGUGCCGCAUACUCCGCAGCAGAGAGACAGCAUAGAAGUGGUGAGAGUGACACUGAUCUUCUAAAGAAGGCGCAUGAGAUCUUCUUUGCUGAUCAAGCUAAGAAGUUUACUCUUGAACAUGCGUGGUGUACGUUGAGAUUUGAACAGAAGUGGCUUUCCCUUAACGGACCUAAAGCUGGUGGCGGUGAGAAGAGGAAGAAUGUUGAGACAACGACCCAACCUUCCACCACCGACGGUGUCGUUGAUGUUGAGCGGAGGCCAGAAGGAAUCAAGGCUGCUAAGGCUAGAAGAAAUGGUGGUAAAGGAAAGUCUGUCUCUGACUAUGCGAGUGUUUGGGAAAUGAAGAAGGAGGACUGGGAAAUGAAGAAGGAGGACUUGGAGAGGAAGGAGAGACUGUCGAAGUUAGCUAUACUUGACACUCUCCUUGCCAAGACUCAACCAUUGACUGAGGCGGAAGAAGCUGUGAAGAAUAAGCUCUUAGCGGAGUGUUUCUGACCAAUUAGAGCUUCUAAACAUUAGUGGCUUAGCCUUUAAACCUUUUAAUUCUCUAUGUAUGAUGUAUGGAUCCUUAAUGUAUGGAUCCAUUAAUGUAUGGAUCCUUUGCUUUGUGCUCAAUGUUUCAUAUACUUUGCUCAGCUAAUGUUAACGUCAUAAUUUUAUUCUCGCGCCACUUUUUAUUCUCUAUGUAUGAUUAAUAGCCUUUAAACCAUAUUAAUGUAGUUUGCUCUUGCUAUUUUCUUGCAGGUAUACUAGAAAAUGGGGUGCUACAGCUAUAGCCAACCAUCACAGUCGGAGAAUAAUUUUGGAAACAAUUCAGACACUGAAUACUCCGAGACGGAGGAUCUAAUCCGACGUGAUCAAGCUGAGCUAAGCUUAGAACGUCGUUCAUCCGUCAUAUACCCUCCACAACCAGAGGUGGAGUUCGGGUUCCCGCAGGUUUGCUACUGUGGUUCUCCGCCACAGCUUGUACCGUCUAGAAGUAUUAAUGGUCAAGGUAACAACAAUUUCACAAUGUAGCUACUCAUCAGCGUCUCUCCGAUAUGAUUUGUUAUCUUCCGUGUGUGAUACAGGUCGCUUAGUAUACACUUGCGUGAAUAAAGACGACGGAGAGUGCCAUGUAUGGAAAUGGUGGGACGUUGCGGUGAUGGAGGAGAUGAGAGCAAGAGAUAGACAUGUCCUCCAGCUGGAGGAAAAGGUAGAUAACCUGUCUCUUUUGAGUGACUAUGAUAAGUUAUCUCCCGUGUGUGAUAAUGCUAAGGAGAAAUCCGUUUGUAGUGAUGGGUUUCAGUAUGUUGUGGGUGCUAUGGUCGCGGUCCUAAUUUUAAUAGGCUUGGGGAUUAUGUAUGUGUAAUGGUUUAGGCAGGGAUGGUCGUAGCGUGGGUUUAGGCAAUGCAUGAUGUUGUUUUUUUCUUAGCCCCUCGGAUGUAAUCAGUUUCAGACAAUGUAAUAUUGUGUACCAAGUUUGACCGUCAAACAUGAUCACGUAUGUUUUUAAAUAUCUUGUCAAAUGAUCACAUGUAUGUAUUACAGUCAUUCGUUUAGAAUCAUAUAUUAUAGAGUAGUACUGACAUGUAUUUUUUUUUCUACCUAAAAAUCACAUGUAUGUUUUCUUUCUACCUAAAAAUCACAUGUAUGUUUUAUUUCUACCUAAAAAUCACAUGUAUGUUUGCUAUCUAACUAAAUUUCACAUGUAUUUUUCUAUCUACCUAAAAAUCAUACCUAAAAAUCACAUGCAUACUUCCUAACUACCAAGAUCUAUAAAUAAGAGACUUCUUUUGGUUAGGAAAAAUGCAAAGCAUUAUCUUCUCUUUAAUUUCCAUAGCAUUUUCUCUCUUGCAAAAAUUUAUCAAUGGCUUCUUCCUCUCAUUUUCAUUACCACCAAGACGAUCACCAACCUGAUAAUGAAGAUAUAUUCGAAGACUUAUUUGAAGACAUUGACGAAUUUCUAGAAGAAAAUGAGCGUGUACCACGUAAUUUUAUUGACAGACAUCGGGAGGAAGGUCAAGAUUUGCUAUGGAAUGAUUAUUUUAGCGAUACUCCAACCUACCCGCACAAUGUCUUCCGGCGACGGUUUCGAAUGAACCGGACAUUAUUCAUGCGUAUUGUGCAGCGUCUCUCCACUGAAGUACGGCAUUUUCAAGAAAGAGUAGAUGCAACCGGGCGGUCUAGUCUUACUGCACUCCAAAAAUGUACCGCAACAAUUCGUCAAUUGGCUUAUGGUG